AUGCCUCCCCCGGUUCCUGACAUGUCCGACGAUGAGUCAACUGGCGAGUCGAUCCCGUAUGAUGAUGCCCCGGAAGCGAAGCGGGAAUCUGCUACACAGGAUGAUGACGAGGACGAGGACGAGGACGAGACGGCCGAGGAAGACGUAUACACCGUCGAAAAUAUUGUGAGCCACAAAUGGGCGAAGAAUGGCGAUCUACUUUUCCAUGUCAAGUGGCAUGGUUACGACGAUCCCGCUGAUAUGACCUUCGAGCCAGAAGAGAAUCUAGACGGCGCGAAGGAAAUAGUGGAGGAGUACUUCCGUAAGCUGGGAGGUCGCCCCGAGAAGCCACAAGCACAGCCAAAGAAGCGCAAGUCAAUGGGCAGAACCCCCAAGUCAACGCCAGAGAAGAUGCCCGAGCCGAAGAAACGGCGCAAGUCACGAGCCGAAACAGCCACGGAAACUCCAGACGAAGAGCGAAUUGAUGACAAUGAUGGAAAUGAAAGUGAUGGGACAAGCACAUGGAUGCCUAAGUCUCGAAAUUGGGAGGGAGAAGUCGAGAGCGUCGAAACAAUUAUUCGCGAGCCUGGGACAUCAAAUCUGCUCGCGUUUCUGAAUUGGAAGAAUGGCAAGAAGUCGAAGGUGUCCAUAGAGCUGUGCUACGACAAAUGCCCGAAGAAGAUGCUUGCAUUUUAUGAAUCACACUUGGUCUUCAAAGAUGGUUGA